AUGACAGAAAACCAUUCCCCCCCUCGUACAGGCGCCGAAGUUCUGCCCUUAAGGUUCAUUAGCUCUACCCACCCCGAGCCUAAGAAGAAGCUGGCCCAUAAGAAGAGUAGAGACGGUUGCACAUCAUGCAAGAAAAGGAAGGUCAAGUGCGACGAAUCUCGCCCCUGCAGAAACUGCCUCAGGCGAAAUGAAGCAUGUGUUCCCUCACCAAAGCCGUCGAGCCCCGAGGCCGGAGAGUCGCCCCCGGCCCAGGGGCCGCUUGACUCCUCUGGGCCUGUCAACCUCUUGCACAUGGAGCUCUUCCACCACUUCCAACAUGUGACAAUUCCCACCCUCUGCUUCGACGAUAUCUGGCCGUCCGCCAUUCCGCUCGCAUUCAAGGAGGAGUAUCUGAUGACUGCCAUGCUUGCAGUCUCCGCACGGCACCUCAGCAUCCUGCGACCGCAGGAAACAGCCUACGCGGAAGCGGCGAUGGCUCUGUUGUCUCGCAGCUGCUCUAUUUUCAGUACCGUUCUUGACCGCGGCGACAAGUACGACCCGCUCUUCUUUACAGCGCAGCUCAUCCAUUAUCUUACCUGGUGCAAUCUGGAAUUUCUCCACGAUGAGCAUGUUCCGGACGGCCCGGUGCUGGACCUCUCGCGCGACCAGCUCUUCCUCCUCAGCUCUGGCGUAAGGGUGUUCCUGUCCAGCACAAGAGCCCAGGGUUCCGGCAGCAUCUUUUCCGGUGCCUCGCAGAACUCCAAGUGUGACGCGCUCGGCCUGGUUGUCGCGGAGCAAGGGAUGGAUCGUGGCAGCAUUGUCGAGGGUUUUAUGGCACGCUACGACGAGCUGACAGCCGGUGCAAGUCUCGACGAUUGUGCUGCUCAGAACGACACAGAGCGCGAGGCUUUCCGUGGCAUCAUCGAUCUGCUUUCAGUCAUCUUGGCGCUCCAUGCCCACCGCGAGACCAACACUCGGCCAAGUGAGCGAUCGGACCUGGAACGCUACAUACUCACCUUCCCACUCUUCUGCUUCGGGCCGUUUAUGGACAUGAUUGUAGCCAACGAUUCAAGGGCGUUGCUUGUGCUCUAUCAUUUCUACAACACUUCGCAGUUGCUUUUGGGGGACCGGACGACCUGGUGGGCCUCUGGUCGGAUGAAGACCAUGUCACAGCUGAUCAAGCAAGAACUGGCAAGACGGCAGCUGGAGACCUCAGUGGCAGGGUUGGGUUGA